AUAAUAUUAGUGAAAUACAAGAGAUAAGCUUAAGUUCAACAGCUACAGAUAAUGUUUUAAAAGACAAAGUUGAAAAGAAUCAGGAACAAAACUUAAGAAAUAGUUUAAACAGAUUAACAAUCAAUAUGUUGAAAGUGACUAAAAAUGUAAAGAAAAUGAGAAUGGGUUUUGAUUUGAAGAAAGGUUUACAAGAUAGUAGCAAGAACAGACCUUUUAAAAAUGUUAAUGAAAUUGGAUACAAAAGCUUGAAUGAAGUAGGAUAUAGAGAUUAUAAAG